AGAAACAGCUCCUCCUCACGGAACCAGCGGCCGUUUCAUGAUUCACAGCUAACAGUUAGCUAACUGAAGAGGAAACACCAGCCGUUAACGUUACACCCCCGGAGGCGGAACACGGAGGCUGCUCAGGGUGUACUGUGCUGGCAGCAGACAGACAACAUGUCCUGAUGGAGAACAUCCGACCACGUCUGAAAUUUGGGAAUAAAGUCGAAGAUGUGAAACUGAGGAAACGAAGAUCCCAACUGUACUCAAAGGAAGAUAACAGUCCUCUCAAUGACGGUGUGCUGAGGACCAGAGUUGCAGUGUUUGCUGUGGUGUUCAGACUGAUUAACUGCUUCCUGGUUCAGACCAGCUUUGUCCCUGAUGAGUACUGGCAGUCUCUGGAGGUCUCCCAUCGUAUGGUCUUCAACUAUGGGUACCUGACCUGGGAAUGGAAGGCAGGAAUAAGAGGAUUCACCUAUCCGCUCUUCUUUGCAUUCAUAUACAAGAUAUUAUACUUCAUAAACUACGACUCAGUCUAUCUCCUGAUAUGGCUUCCACGUAUAACUCAAGCGCUCCUGGCUGCAGCUGCAGAUGUGAAAUUCUUCUUCCUCAUCCGAACGUUGGAAAGUCGUGACGUUGCAAAAUGGACUUUCUUCUGCCACAUGUGCUCGUGGUUCUCGUGGUACUGCUGCACCAGGACUCUGACCAACAGCAUGGAGACUACCAUCACCUGCCUGGCUCUGUUUUACUUCCCCCUGCCUGGGUCCAAAACACACAGCAGCAAAAUAUAUCUGACCCUGGUGGCCUUGGCUGUCAUUAUUCGACCGACAGCCCUGAUUGUCUGGUUUCCUCUGCUGCUGUACCAUUUCUGGCAGGAAGAUAACAAACUGAGGCUCAUUACUCAUUACGUCAUUCCCAUAGGAGCUUUGGCUGUUGUGAUUUCGACAGUGAUCGACUGUAUGUUUUAUGAAAAGUGGACCAUGGUGCAAUUCAACUUCCUGAAGUUUAACGUCCUCCACAGUGUGGCCGAUUUCUAUGGCUCCCACCCCUGGCACUGGUACUUCACUCAGGGGUUUCCUGUUGUGAUCGGCCCUCAUCUUCAGCUCCUUCUUCAUGGGUGCAGCCUCGCCUUCAAAAGAUACAAAAUUCUGUUGGCAGCGGUCGUCUGGACAAUCGCGGUGUACAGCUUACUUCCUCACAAGGAGUUCAGAUUCAUCUACCCUGUGCUGCCUUUCUGUAUGAUCUUUUGUGGGACGUCUUUGGCUAAUUUGAAAGCUUGGCGGCGAACUGCUGCAUUCCUCCUGUUAGUGAGCAACCUGGGUGGAGCUCUGUACACCGGUCUGAUCCACCAGCGUGGCACUCUGGACGUCAUGAGCCACCUCCAGACACUGUGUAACGUCAGCAGAGUCUCCACCACUCCACCGCCAGAUGUCCUGUUCCUCAUGCCCUGCCACUCAACGCCUUUUUACAGCCAUGUCCACUGCCCAGUGAAGAUGAGGUUUCUCGAGUGUCCCCCAGAUCUUGGGGAGGAGGGUUAUGUCGAUGAGGCAAACAGGUUCUACAAUGACCCUCUUCACUGGCUCAGGACUUCAUUUCCAUACAAAUCUUCUCUACCGACCCAUCUGGUUUUGUUUGACGUUUUGGAGAAGGACAUCUCCGUGUUUUUGGAUGGGAACAACUUUGUGAGGACAGCAGAGAUAUUUCACACUCAUGUCCCCGAGGGAAGAGUUGGAGGAAGCAUCUUUAUUUAUGAAAGGCACUGACAAACACUGGAACAAUGGCAACUUUUUUUCUUUUUUUUUUUACCUUAAAUGAGAGUGUCACAUGGUGUUGCUGCUGAAAUAAAUAUUUUAAACUCAAAUGUUAUUUUGAAAUAUCAAUUGUCAGACGUGUAAAAUGUGUAACACCAAAUUAUUAUAAUUAUUUUCAGAUUGUGUGACAGUAUUUUUCCAGUCAUUUUUUUCCACAACAUGUAAAUAAAACAAAUAAAUCUGCCAGGUCCAGUUCAGUAAAGCUUGAGGUGGAAUGUUAGAAAUCUUAACUCCAAAAGCAAACUACAACCUCGUCACACAAACCUGUCUUUGUAGCAGCAAAUUAAAACAACUACAUGGCUCUACACAGAAACAUCCAAAAAUGUGGCAUGUCUUUUCUUUUCGUUUAAAUAAACAUUUUUGAUUGUGUGUAUUUUUAAACAUAAGUGCUGUGGUUGAAGAUCAGUGGUGUUUCAGGUAGAACUGGAAAUUAACUCAGACAUCUCAUGUUACACCAGAUAUGCCACAUCUUUCACUCAAACGGAACGAUUACUUCACUAAACACAAAACAACUCGAAGACCUUCAGUAGCAUUGAAAAAGUUAACAUUGUGCAAACUUACAAAAAAAAAAAAAAAA